GACAUUAUUAGAACUUAACGAAAAUGAUCGAUCUUUUCAGUGUAGUACCGCAACUUGUACUUUUGUGACUGAUUCUGGAGAAUUUGUUAAUGAAAAUAAACAUGAGACAAAUAAAUGCUUAAAUGUAAAUCAACUGUCAAAUUAUAGAUUUAUAUUACCUCACCCACCACUUCAACAAUUAUGUAUUAAUUAUAUGUCAAAAAAAUUAUAG